UUGUCAACAGCCAAGUCUAAGGUUAGCUAGAAUGAUGGAGCAUCCAAACCACAAGAGAGGCGGGGGAACUGUAUAAAAGCUCCACGUUCCCUCUGUCCUUCCAUCAGCUUCAUUCGACUCUCCUGUCUUCACUGCAUCCUCUCAGAGAAGCCGACUCACCUCCAUCUUACCAGCCAUGGUUAACUGCGGACCAGCCUGCACCAUCCCAUCCCGUGUUUCUACCCCAGUGGCCGGUUUCGGAUCUGCAUUGAGUGGCUUAGGCUAUGGCCUUGGUGGUCUUGGCUCUGGCUAUGGCUUUGGUGUUUUUGGCUCUGGCUCUCGCAUUAGUGUUCUUGGCUCUGGCUCUGGCCUUGGCUACGGAGGUCUGGGCUCUGGCUAUGGAGCCGUCGAAACUUCUGGCAACCUGGGCACCCUGGCCGGAGUCUACCCUUCUUGCAUCAACCAGCUCCCCCCAGCAGAGGUCGUGGUCCAGCCUCCCGCCUCCGUGGUGACCAUCCCAGGAGCCAUCCUGUCCGCUAGCUGCGAGCCCGUCUCCGUGGGAGGCAUCACUCCCUGUGCCAUUGGGGGUUCCGGGAUUGUAGGAGCCGGUCUCUAUGGCAGCCUGGGUUCUGGCUUCGGUAAUGGAGCCCUUGGAAGGGGGGGUGGAUAUUUUAGAAGGGGGGCUCUCCUGGGGCGCCGUGGGAGCGCCUGUGGGAACAUCUGCAUAUAAACCUCUUAAUGCUGAAAAGAAGAUCCCAAUGAAAGCAGAAAUGACCAGGAACGGACAGCCACCAUCGAGUUCUGUGACGGAGCAUCUAGACCCGGAGUGAGAAGAGCCAUGAGGUUCCGGGACCAUCCUCCCAGCCUCCAGCUCCUGUAUUAACGUCCGCUACCCCUCUCUUGCCCCCCUUUUCCGCUUUGUUUCCUGAAUGUCUCCUUUCCAAGACGGAGCCCCACUCUCUUCUUGAG